AGUCUGCAAAAUGGCUUCCCCUAAUCUUCCGAAACGUCCUCCAGCGCCCGCGUCUUUCGGGGCAAUAGCAGGGCCUCCACCACUCACCCCAGGCUGGACAGAACACAAAGCUCCGACAGGUUGACUCCCCUCCUACCGCAAUACAUAGCGAACAUGUCUGACCGAAAUAUAGGCCAUACCUACUACCAUAAUGCUGCCACGAAAACCUCUACAUACACUCGCCCCGUCGCGCUAUCGACAAUGCCCCCAUUAGCUCCAGGCCCAGGUCCUUUCCCGGUGUUCAAUGCAGCGCCAACCCCCUAUGCUGGAGGUUUCCCCCCUCAACAAGCCCUUCAGCAACCAUUCCCCAAACAAUUUUCCCCGCAACAAUUCCCACCACACCAAUAUGGCUACGGACGCGGUGGGGGUGGAAUCGGCAGAGGUGGGCGAGUUGACAAACAGAACCGAAACCCGGGUCAUCGCUGGCAGAAGCGACAGGAGAAGCCUGACAGACCAAGGUCAAAGUAGGAUUUCCUGUGGCAAUUUUUGUUUUUAUUUUUUUAAUGUUCGAGUUUAACGAAAGUGAUUAGGCGGGAGAUACCAGGAAUGAAGUCAUGGGUCCUUGUUACUACGAAGAAGGGGAGGAAGUUUGUUUAUAACACUGAGACUAAGGUUUCGCUAUGGAGGGCCCCAGAGGAUGUUCAGGCUGCAAUUGAUACGAUUCCCCUGGAGGAAGACAAGCCGAAGGAACGGAAGAAGGGCGGAAGCAGGGAGGCUACAGAGCGCGGGAGUGGAAUUGAGGUCAUGUCCGAGCAACAGGAGAGGAGACGGCUUAUUUCGGCUACGACGACUAAAGCUAAAAUGGAGGGAGGGGAAGGCGAGGCACCAGAUAGGGCGAACGCUGAACUCCAGGAGCAGGAAGAGGACAAAGAGGAGGGAGAAGAGGAGGACGAGGAAGAAGAGGAAGAGGAAGAGGAAGAAUAUGCACAAAAAAGGGUGAAGACUUCAGAACAGGGGCCAGUGGAAUUUACAGAGGAUGAUGUGGCUUGGCAAUUAGAAGCUAUAGCUCAGGAAUAUGGCCUUGAUGAGGAGGACUUUGGUGAGGGCGAAGAAAUGACCGAUGAGGACAACACUUAUCUGUUCAAGGUACACCCUCCCCUACAAGUUUGUCUCAAUAACUUUUAAAGAAAUCUAACACUCUAUAGGAAAUGCUGGUCGAAUACAAGGUCAAUCCAUACAGCACUUGGGAGAAGGAGAUGCCUCGGAUCGUGGAGGACUCUCGCUACGUCCUGAUAAACACAACAAAAGCACGAAAAGAGGUCUUCACAAGCUGGUGCCGGGAGCGUAUCGCAGAACUAAAGAUCGAGAAGGAGAAGACCAAGAAGCAAGACCCCAGAAUACCCUUCUGGGAAUUCCUAAAGGGAAAUGCUAGUGCUAAGUUGUACUGGCCCGAAUUCAAGAGAAAAUGGAAGAAGUCAUCAGAGAUGAAAGACAGCAAAGUACCUGACAAAGACAAGGAGAAAAUGUAUAGAGAGUAUAUCUCUCGUAAGUAACCCACUUGUACAGCACGUUUGCAAAACCCCAGUUAAUCAUAAUUAGAUAUGAAAAUUUCCGAACCCCUCCGCGAAAACGACCUCAAAAAGCUACUAAAGUCCACCACUACCUUAUCCCGCUACACUACCCUCGAAACACUUCCAGAAUCGAUCCUAGUAGACGUCCGAUACGUCACCGCGCCAGAUAAUGUCCGCGACAAGGUUACUCAAGAUCACCUAGCGACUCUCCCCGAGGACCCGGAGGAAGAGAAGGAGAGGAAGGAGCGUGAACGACGUGAGCAGGCCCUCCAAGGCCGAGAACGAGCCGUCAGGAAGGAACAGUGGAAACUCCGGGGCGAGGAGCAGAGGGCCAAAGAAAUCCUCAGGGAAGAAGAGGCGAUGAUUGAGAGAGCGAAGGUUGUUGGGAAGCGGGGGCUUUUGGGGCACAUUGUCAAGAGGGAGGGCACUGCCGAGGGUGAAAAGACCGACAGGGAGGGUACGCUGAAGCUGGGUGAGCCCAGCCGGGGAGCAUCCGCAGGGUGAGCGAGGGUUUAUCAUACUAGUAUCGUACGUAUCAUAGAUCUGUACACUAUCACAUCGAGAGGUUGCAUACCAUAUUAUGAAAGCCAGUUCGUUAC